AAAAAAAUCAGAAUAUUUCUCCCUCCCACUUCCCACCCUCCCACGGAUUCCCUCCCGACUCUCACUUCACUACUCUCUCUCUAAUGGCGAUCUGCUCGGCGAGGACGUUGGCCGUCCUCCUCCUCCUCUCCGCCGUCCCCGUCGCCUACAUCAUCUCCCUCGAGAUCGCCCCGCCGGCAACCCACGUCUUCCACUACCACAGCUCCGGCUUCCUCCGCGAGUGCGCCAAGUGGGACGCCCCCAACCGCCGCUUCCUCGUCUCCUUCCUCGAGGGGGGCGUCGGCGCCGUCUCCGUCCCGGAGGGCCACUCCCCGGGAGCCGUCCUCGACGAGUCCGUGGUGGUCAGGGACCCCGACGUCGCCGGGAACGCGUCCCUCGGCCUCACCAUCGACCACCCCAGGAACCGGCUACUCGUGGCCGUCGCCGACGUGAUCGGGAACCGUUACUCCGCCGUGGCGGCGUAUGACUUGUCCACGUGGCAGCGGCUGUUCCUCACCAAACUCAGCGGCCCGAGUGACGAGAAAUCCUUUGCGGACGAUGUUGCAGUAGAUGCAGAAGGUUACAUAUAUGUAACCGAUGGAAAGGCGAGCAAAAUCUGGAAGGUAAGUCCCGAGGGCGAGUUCCUGUCGAUCAUCAGGGACCCGCUCUUCACUCCGAAGGAAUGGUACAAGGCCCUAGUGGGGCUGAACGGGAUUGUCUACCACCCUGAUGGGUACUUGAUUGUGAUCCACACUUUCACGGGGAACCUGUUCAAGAUCGAUUUAGCAAACGGAAACACGGUUAAGUUGAUAGAUGUUACGGGAGGCUCAUUGUCAUUCGGAGACGGUCUGGAAUUGGUUUCUCCAACUAGGCUAGUUGUUGCGGGGAACCCUUCGGGGAGGUUGGUGGAAAGCUCCGAUGGGUGGAAGAGCGCCUCUGUGGUGGCAAAGUUCAAAGGACCAGCACACAGGCUGGCCACUGCUGCCACAGUGAAGGAUGGGAUAGUUUAUCUUAACCACAUGUUCGGGAUCGGUUACCCGAAGAAGAAGCACGCCAUUGUUGAAGCGGUCUUUUCUUCAUGAAGAUACAGUGCUCAUUGGAUCCUCAGCGAAGGCAGCGUACCUCAUUGGAUCCUCGGGUCCUCCUCGGAAGCUUGUGAUCAAAAUCGUUAACUUAUGUUCUAAAAGGAAUCGAGAUUGUAAUGUUGAUUAUUUAAAUGCCUGUAACGUAUUAUUGAGUUACCAUAUGUAGAACGUAUUUUUAGCUUUGUUCCAAAUUCAUGAUACUUCAUUUUCCA